GAUAUGAAGCUUUCGCUAUGACGUGCCAAAGGUCAUAAGAGUGAAAUUGUUUGGUCGAAAUUCUAUGUUCCGUGUUUUGUCUUGCGAAGCUCACCCGGCGAUAUUGGUGCAAAUGCUUGUUUAAGGCCAGAAGUAUGAAUGGGGGAAUGAUGUGAUUGACGAAGAAUCGAAGAAAGGCUAACGUCACCGACGCCGCCGCCGCGCAACAAAGUGUCGAUUAAUGAGCUAAGAAUUUACACUUCGUCACGGUUGGGAUUGUUGUGAUAUGAAGGCGAGUGGCAAAGUGUUAUGUGGAUAAGUGAAAAGGUGAAGGAUACAUUUUUGGAGUGUUGAACCGAAGCAGGUGGUUUUUGAAAUCUGUUGAAUGGGAACAGUGCUAACAGAAUGGGUUGCAACACGAGCCAGGAAAUUCCCAACUUCAACCCGAAUCCUGAUCUGCAGCGGGACGAAUUGGCAGAGCUGCUGGAAGGUGAUAUUGAAGAAGUCGAGGCAGCAGCCACCAAAAUCCAGGCAGCGUUCCGGGGCCACCAGGUGCGAAAGGACAAAAAGAUGAAACAAGGAGACGGUGUUAACGGAAGUGCAGCACAGCAGCAGCAACCGGAACAGGAACGGGAACCAACCAAGGAGGAGCUGGAAGCCGAGUUCGAUCCCAAUGACCAAGAACUAACCCAUGCCGCCGUCCGAAUUCAGUCAUGCUUUCGGGGUCACAUGGCCCGGAAAGAUCAGGCCGACAAGAAGGAUGACGAGCCCGACAAAAAGGAGGAGGUCGAUAUCGAUGAGCUAACCAAGAAGGUGGCAGAAGAGCUCGAUAUCGACAUGGAUGAUCCGGAUCUGCAAAAGGCGGCCACCAAAAUUCAGGCCUCUUUCAGGGGUCACAAAGUUCGCAAAGAAACCAAACCGGGAAAUGAAUAAGAAGACCGACGCGAUUAAAAAAAAAAAAGAACUAGCCGGUUGCCCUGUCAUACUUUUACAAAUUUAUAACUUUAAAUGAAAGAAACAAACAAACUAAACUACACAAUUAAUAUGAAACUAUAUUAAACGAUUGAAUUCAAUGAUAAAACUAAAUUUCAGAAAUAUUUCUCAAAACCAUCAACCAAGUAUUUUGAUCGAGGUUAAUAUGCGCGGCAUGUAUGAUCCCAAGUCGAUUACAAUUUAAACCAGAAAACAGUACACUUGUUAUCAUUUUAUAACUUAUAUCAGAAUCUAGUCAUAAUAUUAGUAAAUUUAAGAAGAAGAAGAAAACACAAUACAUAAAUAUCCAAAUGAAAAAAUUUACCUUUAAAGGAAAUUAUAAUUAAAACAAAACAAGCCACAACUCGAAUAAACCAUCAAAUGGAUAAGCGAAUUUUAGACAAACAACAGUAAAACAACCAUUUUGCGCACCCACAAAACUAAUAAAGACAGUCUGUUUCACACUACCUGAACCAAAAAAAAAAUAGAACAAACAUUAGCGCCCACAAGCAUGCAACCUUACUACUAAUAGAUUAAAUGGCGAAAAUUGAAGAGAAAUAGUUAAACCAUUUUACAGCGGAUGAGAAAAACAGUUUGGGAAAAUAUGAAAUUUGAACUCAAUUCACAGACUAUCUGAGGUUCUAAUUCGUACACGCGAGAAAAAAAUCAAAUAAAUAGUCAUUCACAUUUACCAUUGUUACAGUUUGUGACAGUUGAGUUGCCGUGAAAAGGCAGAAGAAAUUGUGAAACCUUCAAAAAACUAUUCAAGCAUUCUGAGAUAGGAUAUUUUCUACGAAGGCCGUCUGGUAGUCUGUGAACGAUAGUAUAAAAAAUAAAUUUUAAAAUUUCACACACGACCUACAAAUUAAAAUCCUGGCGCAGAUUCGAAACCAUUUACGGCUAUUACAAAGUAAAUCUCAAAAAAUCCCACAAACGGAUGAUGGAGUAUGUAGUUUAAAAAACCAAAUAAUAGAAAAUCUGUCUGGAUACUUGAAGCACUUCAAACCGGUAAAUCCUCUUGCAAUUUAGUGCGGUAAACAAUACAUGUAUUGAAUAUUCGAAACCAAAACCGAAUUAACGGAUUCGAUUGACUAUAUGCAUUCGGAAAAAAAAUCGCGUAGCCGUUCAAAGGACAAUUUGAAUGGAAUAGUUCAGGCAGAAUCUCACCAUUUGACCACAACACUAGAAACAAGACAUGGUUUGUGGUAGUGAAAAAAACAGUAAAAUAAAGAAAAUAAAAAAGUUCAAGAACCGUUGACCGAAGAUUGAAAUAAAUUGCAUAAUUACAGUGAGCUUUAAAUCCCGAUUAAAGAAUA